AUGCUCAAUACGUCGUUAAUAACCAAUGACGGUCCAUUAGGUGACAUUUGGCUUGCCGCCAACUACGACAAGAAACUAACCAAACACCAGCUUCUAAACACCAAUAUCGUUGAAUCGGCAAAGUACAUCAGUAACCAUACACAACAACAACAACAACAACAAGGAACUCAAAAUGGAUUGUCAAACACCUCAAGCAACGAAAUGGAUGCGAUUACAUUGCGUUUAUCUGGUCAAUUGCUUUUGGGUGUGACAAAGAUAUAUUCACGCAAAACAAAAUACUUACUAGACGACCUUAAUGAUGUGUUGUACAAACUCAGAACCGUAUUCAGGAUGUCAAGUGGUGUCCAACUUGGACCUGAGGGUUUAUCCAGCAAAGUCAAUUUACCGCCACAACAGACUACAAUUGCCGAUUUGAAUGCCAUCACAUUGAAGGAUCAAGUUACAGGAUUUGACUUGUUAUGGCAGGAAAAUUUACAGCUUGAAGAGGAACCAAUCAAUCCAUUGGAUACAGUCUUUAACAAUGAGAACGAUAGCCUGAGAGUUGAUACAUCUGUUGGAUCCGUUGAGUACGGAAGAAAUAUAAACAACGCCGAUGCUGCCGCUGACGAUCAUGAAGAUAUUGACUUGGAUUUCGAUUUGAAUUUAGAUGACGGCGGUGAAAGUUUUGCGGGCUCAAUCGAGCUCGGAAGAAAUGUUUCCAAUGCCGGCGGCAAUGAUAGCCACAAUUCAAUGAUGGGGGACCUUCACAAGUCCAACAAUAUCUUUGAAUUGGAUUUGGGCCAGCCAUUGCAAACAAUUGACGAUUUUGAUAUCGAUUUUGAUGAAGGGUACAUGUCGUCCUCUAGCGUGGUGAACAACGAGAACACGCUCAGCGAAACUCAACAGAUACAGCCAAGAGCAAGGCAAAGACAAAGGAGAGCAAGAAUAACUGAUGACGGCGAGAUGGUGGUUGUAAACAAAAGAUUGGUGGUGGAUUCCCAAGAUCACUUACAAUUGUCACUUGACACUUUAAGAGACAAUGAACAAAACAUGCUAGCUCAAAAGGAUAUCGACCGGUCCACUAACACAAAUAUGUCAAACAAUGAUAAGUUGCUACUAAUCCAACAAAUGUCUUUUCCAACUGCUUCGAAGAAGCGCAAGUUAUGGGACUUUAGUGCUGAUUUACACUUUAGGUUGCCACUGAAAGAUAUUGAUAGCGACGAUGACGAUGAGCACAACAGCUCGUCUGAUGACAAUGACGAUAGCAUCGAUAAUUCCAUGGACGAUAUUAGUGGGUCUGACAGUGAAAGCGAGAAGGAUACGGCGCCAAAAGUGCGCAAAGCUGAUGAUAAAGAGGAAGAAGAUGACGAGGAAGAAUCGGUAGAUGAAUCUUUUGGAUCGGACAGAGUGGGUGGUGUUGCCAAGAGUACGAAGCAAGCGGCAGAGGAGUUGCAGGACUUGUUCAGAUUAGACGCGAGGGUGCAAUUUGAAGAUUUCGUGAAAGCCGAUGAAACAGCAUUGAGACCUUUGGGAGUAAAGAACAAAAACUACGUCAAUUCGAAACGACAGGCAUCCAGAUGCUUUUUUGAAUUAUUGGUUCUUGCAACAAACGACUGUGUCAAUUUGCACCAAGAAAAGUCUGACUUGAACUUAUCGAGGUCUCUCCGGAUAACGUCAAGGGACAAUUUAUUCAGCUAUGUAUAA